AUGGGAUUAAAAUACACACCACCGACAAUUGUUAACGGGGAGAUUGAAGUUGUAAUUGAGGAACAGGAUAUAAAGUCUGAAAUGGAAUUCUGGGAAAAUGCUCUCAUCAUGUAUGAAAUUGGAGAAGGGUUAACUAUGAAUGCUGUUAAGAGAUUCAUGAUGAACACUUGGAAUUUUGUCACCCUACCGGAUCUAUACUACCAUGAUGAAGGAUACUUCCUGAUUAGAUUCAGAACAAGAAAAGACAGGGAUGAUGUGCUUAAGGGAGGACCAUACUCAGUCUAUAAGAAACCUGUGCUUCUAUUUGAAUGGUCACCAAACUUUAAUGUGAAAGAAGACAUACUCAGGGUGAUCCCCAUCUGGGUAAUUUUUCCACAACUUCCUCUGAACUUAUGGGGUGAUGAAAGCAUUGGGAAGAUCUCUAGUGCCAUAGGGAAACCUGUAAUGACUGAUGAAUGUAUUGCAAGAAAGUUAAGGAUAUUGUAUGCUAGAGUUUUGAUAGAAGUAGAUGUCACUCGAGAACUUAAAAGUGAGAUUACCGUAUGGAAUCCUGCAGGAGGCAAACAAAUUCAACAGGUGCACUAUGAAUGGAAGCCACAAUUUUGUACCAAAUGUAAUAAAGUAGGACACAUGUGUAAGGAAAGAGAAGAGAUUGUGAAGAAACCAGAUGAAACAAAACGGAGCUGGCAAAAUACUGAUAAGGAAGAAUGGGUCUCUGUGGCACAUGGAACCAAAGGUAAGACACCUAGAGCUGGACUCAAGGCUCCUGAAGUGGAGGUUGCUUGCAAUAAUGGUUUUACUGCCCUCAAAAUCGGCACCUGUUUUGAGGAUGGAGGGACUGGUGUGCCAUGA